AAGAGAAUGGGAAGCCCAUCUCAAGUCUCGUCGCUUGUCAUGCAACAGAGCCCCCGCAAACAUCACGAAGUCGCUCAGCUGCUCUGUAAACUCGCGUAAGAGCGACAGGACGAAUGGUUGAAAAAACCUGCUGGAGCAUCGUCAUGCACCUGGAUUGAGUUCACUGCCACAAUGACGUAGACAGGAGCUCUUUCCUCACCGAUUCCCGUCAGCAACUUUGACGCGUCGAAAGGCAGACGCUUCAUAGCCGCAAACAAGUCCUUCCAAACCACACCACAUCCACCAAAUCAGUCAAGCACAAUGGACAAGCUCAAGAAGAUCUUCAAGCACGACAAGAGCGACUCGUCGUCGUCGACCACCACCCCCUCGCACACGACGAGCGAGAGAAGCACUCCUGCCACGACCACCUCGUCCGCACCUGCUCCUCAGACCACCACCAGCAGCACCCCUGCAGCCGCCGCCACCGCCAAUACCACUGCGCCUGUCUCCAAGGGCCCUCCCGCCGGUGUCCUGCUCGAGACCAACUACGGCAACAUCACCAUCGCCCUCUACAGCGACAAGACGCCCAAGACUUGCGAGAACUUUGCAGGCCUCGCCGACGCCGGCAAGUACAACGGCGUCAUUUUCCACCGCAUCAUCCCUGGCUUCAUGCUCCAGGGCGGUGACCCCACCGGCACCGGUCGUGGUGGUGAGUCCAUCUGGGGCGGCAAGUUCGCCGACGAGUUCGACAGCUCGCUCAAGCACACUGGCGCCGGUGUCCUGUCCAUGGCCAACAGCGGCCCUGGCACAAACGGCAGUCAGUUCUUCAUCUGUCUUGCUCCCACUCCUCACCUGAACGGCAAGCACACCGUCUUCGGCCAGGUUGUCGACGGUCUCGAUGUUGUUCAGAAGAUUGGAGCCGUCAGAACUGGCGCUGGCGACAGACCCAUCGAGGAUGUUGUCAUUGUCAAGGCUCAGUCCUUCUCUGCUUGAUCUCGCAAUCCACCUUCCGUAAUUACCUAAUGACACAUUUCUUUCUAACCGAGAAUCUCUAUUCCGUGC